AACCAAGUGGGCGUUGGGAAGAGUUUGGUGCUUUCUUUGCUUAUUCUCCGGAAAGUUUCAAAAAUGGUGCAGCAGCUCUCCAAAUCUGGAGCGAAGGAGACUCCUUUGCUGAAAGCUGGACAUCCUCCGGCAGUGAAGGCUGGAGGUAAACGGGUCGCCAAGAAAAGCUUGGAAGAUGGUGCCACCCAUCCAGAGAAGGAGACCAAGAGGGCUGAUAAACUAAGGUCCGUCGCCACCUCCAACAGGAUGCAACAAGUUGGUAUUCUUCUGGCUGGGACUCUUGACAAGCUGAGCCACGACUUUCCAGAGACACCGGUGAGCGUGAGGCACAGCAAAGUGCGCCCUGCAGUGGAGAAGCCUCACUCACCCCGGACCUUUUUCAUCCAGCAGCCGAGGAAGUUUUGAACAACAUGUGUUUAAGAAUGCCCCAGAGGCAGACCAUGUCAAGUCAACUGUGAAAGACAAACAUGAGGCAUCACACACACGAGGGGACUGACAGGUUGUCUGUGAAGUGUCAGUUUUAAUGGAGGGAAUCUUUCAUGGAGCUCUGUGUUAACUUUUUUAGGCUGUACUUGUCUGUGAAAAUACUAUAAACCAGCAUUUAAUGUGCCUUUCCUAUUGUUCUGAGAUAAAUGGUGUAGUUGUAUUUCCCAGCUCAUGAAAACCAGAUGGCAUAUUGGGUACGUUUAAUUUGAGGGUUUGGGGUUGUUACGUGAGGUUUUUGAGACUGUUUUUUUUCCAGUGAAAUCUUUGUUACGUAUUGCUUGGCACCUAUUAGAUUUAAUAAAAAAAGAUAUUGCACGGCA